AUGCGCUUCACGGACCAUGAAGUGGUCCUCCUGCAGGCCCUCAAGAGCCUCGAGGCCGGCGACUUCAGCGUCAGGCUGGACCCCAACGCUGACGGCGUCUAUGGCGAGAUAGCCGACGUGUUCAACCGCAUCGCCCUGGCCAACGACACCCUGUGCAACGAGAUCGAGCGUGUGCAUCUGGCCAUCGCCGUCGAGGGCGACUUCGAGCAGCGUGUUAAUCUGCCCGCCCCCGGCGGGGCCUGGGGUCGCUGCGUGGACUCGGCCAACCAGCUCAUCGACAACAUGGUCCAACCCAUGAUCCUCGUUCGCGAUGCCAUCGGAGCCGUUGCCGACGGUGACCUCUCCUGCGCUCUCUCCCUCAUCAACAACCAGCCCCAGGGUGAGUACCAGCACACCUCACAAUCCCUGACGGAGAUGAUCCGCAUGCUCAACAGCUUCAACGAGGAGGUGCUGCGCGUGGUGUGCGACGUGGGCAUCGAGGGCAAGCUCGGCGGCCAGGCCGAAGCCGUGGACCUCCGCGGCAUCUGGAAGGACCUCACGGACAACGUCAACACCAUGGCGGCCAACCUCACCGGCCAGGUGCGCGCCGUCGCCCAAGUGACCACGGCCGUGGCGCGCGGCGACCUCUCCAAGAAGAUGACCGCCGAAGCCAAGGGCGAGUUUCUAGAACUGAAGAACACGAUCAACACCAUGGUCGACCAGCUCAACGCCUUCGCCUCCGAGGUGACGCGAGUGGCGCGCGAGGUGGGCACGGAGGGCAAGCUCGGCGGCCAGGCCCAGGUCACAGGAAUCGGGGGUACGUGGAAGGACCUCACGGACAAUGUCAACACCAUGGCGGCCAACCUCACCGGUCAGGUGCGCGCGAUCGCCCUCGUCACUACUGCAGUCGCCAAUGGCGACCUUUCCAAGAAGAUCACUGCUGAAGCGCAAGGCGAAAUCCUGCUGCUCAAGAACACAAUCAACACCAUGGUGGACCAACUCAACUCCUUCGCCUCCGAGGUGACCCGCGUCGCGCGCGAGGUGGGCACGGAGGGCAAGCUCGGCGGCCAAGCCAACGUCAAGGAUGUCUCGGGCAUCUGGAAGGACCUCACACACAACGUCAACACCAUGGCGGCCCGUCUGACCGGCCAGGUGCGCGCCAUCGCGCAGGUGACCACGGCCGUGGCCAAGGGCGACCUCUCCAAGAAGAUGACCGCCGAGGCCAAGGGCGAGAUCCUCGAGCUCAAGCUUACGAUCAACACCAUGGUGGACCAGCUCAACUCGUUCGCCUCCGAGGUGACACGAGUCGCGCGCGAGGUGGGCACGGAGGGCAAGCUCGGCGGCCAGGCCCACGUGAAGGGCGUGAGCGGCAUCUGGGAGGACCUCACGAAUAACGUCAACACCAUGGCGGCCAAUCUCACCGGCCAGGUGCGCGCCAUCGCGCAGGUGACCACGGCCGUGGCCAGUGGCGAUCUCUCCAAGAAGAUCGCGGUCGACGUCAAGGGCGAAAUCCUCGAACUAAAGAACACGAUCAACACCAUGGUCGACCAGCUCAACACCUUCGCCUCCGAGGUCAUGCGAGUCGCGCUGGAAGUCGGCACGGAGGGCAAACUCGGCGGCCAGGCCAUGGUCCGCGGCGUCGCCGGCACGUGGAAGGACCUCACGGACAACGUCAACACCAUGGCGGCCAACCUCACCGGCCAGGUGCGCGCCAUCGCCGAAGUGACCACGGCCGUGGCGCGCGGCGACCUCUCCAAGAAGAUCACCACCGACGUCAAGGGCGAAAUCCUCGAGCUCAAGAACACGAUCAACACCAUGGUGGACCAGCUCAACUCCUUCGCCUCCGAAGUGACCCGCGUUGCUGGCGAAGUGGGCACGGAGGGCAAGCUCGGCGGCCAGGCCCAGGUCAAGGGCGUGAGCGGCAUCUGGAAGGACCUCACCUACAACGUCAACACCAUGGCGGCCAACCUCACCGGCCAGGUGCGCGCCAUCGCGCAGGUGACCACGGCCGUGGCCAAGGGCGACCUCUCCAAGAAGAUGACCGCUGACGCCAAGGGCGAGAUCCUCGAGCUCAAGAACACGAUCAACACCAUGGUCGACCAGCUCAACACCUUCGCCUCCGAGGUGACACGAGUCGCGCGCGAGGUGGGCACGGAGGGCAAGCUUGGCGGCCAGGCCCAGGUCAAGGGCGUGAGCGGCAUCUGGGAGGACCUCACGACCAACGUCAACACGAUGGCGGCCAACCUCACCAACCAGGUGCGCGCCAUCGCCGAGGUGGCCCGCGCGGUGACCAAGGGCGACUUCACGCGCUUCAUCACGGUGGAGGCCUACGGCGAGAUGAACACCCUCAAGACCAUCAUCAACGAGAUGAUCUGCACCCUCAAGGAGAUGCUCAUCAAGACCGCGCUCGCCAACGAGGCCAACCGCGCCAAGACCGAAUUCAUGGCUAACAUGUCCCACGAGAUUCGAACGCCCAUGAACGGAAUCAUCGGCAUGACGGAGCUUGCCCUCGACACGCAGCUGAACUCGGAGCAGCGGGACUACCUCAAGCUCGUGCACUCCUCCGCGCUCGGCCUCCUGACCAUCAUCAACGACAUCCUCGACUUCUCCAAGAUCGAGGCCGGCAAGCUCGACAUUGAGCACAUCGAUAUGUCGCUACACGAGACCCUGGGCGACACGCUCAAGGCGCUGGCGCUCAAGGCCCACGAAAAGGGUAUCGAGCUGCUGAGCGACAUCGAGCCCACCCUGCCCGACAAGCUGGUGGGCGACCCCGUGCGGCUGCGGCAGGUCAUCAUCAACCUAGUGGGCAACGCCAUCAAGUUCACGUCGCAGGGCGAGGUCGUCCUCUCGGUCAAGAUGCAGGAGCGCAAGGCCGACGCCGUCGUACUCCACUUUGCCGUACGCGACACGGGCAUCGGCAUUCCGCCGGACAAGCUGUCGGUGAUCUUCGAGGCGUUCUCGCAGGCCGACGGGUCGAUCACGCGCAAGUACGGAGGGACGGGCCUGGGGCUGACGAUCUCGACGCGGCUGGUGCAGCUCAUGCAGGGCAAGCUGACGGCGGAGAGCAACCCGGGCAAGGGCUCGCUGUUCCACUUCACGGCCACGUUCGGGCUGGCGCGCGAGGAGAGCUCUCUGCCGCGCGAGCGGUCGACGGCGGUGCUGGGCGGGCGGCGGGUGCUGGUGGCCGACGCCAACGAGACGUCGCGGCGCAUCCUGUCGCAGACGCUGCUCAACUGGCGCAUGGAGCCGAUCGUGGUGGACACGGUGCGGGAGGCCAGCCAGCUGUACGCCGAGUCGGUGAUGGUGCAGAGACCGUUCGAGUACGUGCUGCUCGUGUCGCAGAUCCCGGAUGACCUCGAGGGCCUCACGAUCGCGCAGUUCAGCGAGAGCCUGCAGGUGGUGACCAAGGAGACCACCAUCAUCAUGGCCCUCUCGCCCACCGCCACCAAGCGCGACCUCGUCAGCUGGCACUCGUGCCCGCCCACGUGCGCCUACAUCUCCAAGCCCGUGGGCCAGAGCGAGCUCCUCGGCGCCCUGCUCAAGCCCUUCGACCUGCUCGAGCCCACCUCGUCGCUGCUGCCCGGCGGACCCGGGUCGGCCCACCGCGGCAGCCCGCACGCCUCCGAUGGCCGCGCCGGCUCUCACGGCGGCGAGAAGCCCCGGCAGCGCAUUCUUCUGGCCGAGGACAACGUCGUCAACCAGAAGCUCGCCAUCCGCCUCCUCGAGCGCUUCGGCUACUCGGUCACCCUCGCCGACAACGGACGCAAGGCCGUUGACAUCGCCAAGACGCAGAGCUUCGACCUCAUCCUCAUGGACGUCCAGAUGCCCGAGAUGGGCGGCUUCGAGGCCACCGCCAAGAUCCGUGGCCUCGAGAGCAAGCAGGCCGGCCGCGGCCACACCCCGAUCGUCGCCAUGACCGCCCACGCCAUCCAAGGCUACCGCGAAAAGUGCCUCGAGGGCGGCAUGGACGGCUACAUAUCGAAGCCCAUCCACGCCGAGUCCCUCAAGCAGACCAUCGAGAGCUUCCUCUCCAUGUCCAAGGACUCCUAG